AUGUCUGCGCCUGAGCCAAUGCCCACGCCCCUUCAUGGGUAUGUCGGCUUCGACACCUUGACGAAGCAAGCGGAGCUCAAGAUGAUGCGCCGCGGCUUCCACUUCAACGUAAUGCUUGUGGGUCAGACGGGUCUGGGUAAGAGUACGAUGGUCAACACCCUGUUUGCCUCCCGCCUGGUGGAAAGCAAGGGCCGCAUUGACCCUUCAGACGAAAUUCGCCAAACCACGAGCAUUGCUAUCGACUCUCACGUGGUCAUUGAGAACGGUGUGAAGCUCAAGUUGAACUUGAUCGACACGCCUGGCUACGGCGACCUAAUUAACAACGAGCAUUGGUACGUGUAUGGUCCUGACCACAGCUGGGAGCCCAUUGUAAAGUACAUCAAGGACCAGUACAGCAUGUACCUGCGCAAGGAGCUUACGGCGGUGCGCGACCGUCACAUUCCGGACACGCGUGUGCAUGUGGUGCUAUUCUUCAUCAACCCUUCGGGACACUCACUGCGCCCAAUGGAUGUCCAGGUGCUGAAGAAGUUGGGUGAUAUUGCCAAUGUGAUUCCUGUGAUUGCCAAGGCCGACACGCUGACGCUGGAGGAGCGCCAGGUGUUCAAGGAGCGCGUGCGCGCUGAGCUGCAGAACAAUGGUAUCCGUGUGUAUCCUUUCGACCACGAGGACUACGAUGAAGAGGACCGUGCGCUGAACAGCCAGGUGCAGGCUAUGCUGCCCUUUGCGGUGGUAGGAUCGACCAAGGUAUACGAUGUGAAUGGUAUGCCGGUGCGCGGUCGCCAGACCCGCUGCGGCCUGGUGAAUAUCGAGGACCCGUCUCACUGUGAGUUUGUGCAAUUCCGCAACUUUUUGCUGCGUACAAACCUGCAUGACCUCAUCGAGACGACAUCCAGCACGUACUACGAGUCGUUCCGCUCGAAGCAGCUACUGGCGCUCAAGGAGAGCAGCGUGAAGCAGCAGCAGCAGCAGCAGCAGCAUCAAUACCAGCAGUAG